GCCGCGGGCGCCAUUUUGGAAGGGCCGGAGACCGACUACCGACCGACCCGCCGCCGGAGCAGCAACGGCAGCGGCGGCGGAGGAGCUGGGCCCGGCUCGGAGGCGGCGGCGACGGGGGCCUGGGUUUGGGCGGGCCCCGCGGCGGAGAUGGCCAACAUCGCGGUGCAGAGGAUCAAGCGGGAGUUCAAGGAGGUGUUGAAGAGCGAGGAGACAAGCAAAAAUCAGAUUAAAGUAGAUCUUGUAGAUGAAAAUUUUACAGAACUAAGAGGAGAAAUAGCAGGACCUCCGGACACACCAUAUGAAGGAGGAAGAUACCAACUAGAAAUAAAAAUUCCAGAAACGUAUCCAUUUAAUCCCCCCAAGGUGCGGUUUAUCACCAAAAUAUGGCAUCCUAAUAUUAGCUCAGUCACUGGGGCUAUAUGUUUGGAUAUCUUAAAAGAUCAAUGGGCUGCAGCAAUGACUCUAAGAACAGUCUUGUUAUCACUGCAAGCGCUCUUGGCAGCUGCAGAGCCUGAUGAUCCACAGGAUGCAGUAGUGGCAAAUCAGUACAAGCAAAAUCCAGAAAUGUUUAAACAGACAGCUCGACUUUGGGCACACGUGUAUGCUGGAGCACCAGUUUCUAGUCCAGAAUACACCAAAAAGAUAGAAAACCUUUGUGCUAUGGGCUUUGAUAGGAACAAAGUAAUAGUGGCCUUGUCAUCAAAAUCGUGGGAUGUAGAGACAGCAACAGAACUACUUCUGAGUAACUGAGCCAUGUGUAGAGAGCUGCUUCUGUAGCCCAGCUUGCCCCUUCUUGAGGAGCGUCACCAUCUCUUAUUUUUAGGUUUCUAUAUAGAUUCUCUUUUAAAACUGGCAUUCUUGCCUGAUGCUAUCUAGGCACUGUUGGAGACUGAAAAGAACGGCUCUGUAAAUAAAGCUGAUUAAACGUCUGUGUAAAUUUAAAAAGGGGAGGGGGGAAAUACUUUAAUUUUUUCUUACUAAAUAUUGUAAAUUCCUUGAGCUUGGCUAAAACAAUGGGGACGACAUGCCUACUUUAGUGUUAGCAGUGUGACCAAGACUAGCAGGAAUUUGCAUCCAGAUUUUGACUUUUAAGAAUUUAUUCAGAACACAUCUGAUUGUGUCCAUACUCAUCAGUCGUUGAUGUCACUCAUCCCAGCUACCUUUAUCAUUUUUUUUAACAUGGAUCCUACGUGCCUGUGGACUGACCUUAUAUUUGCAUGCUUGUACUUUACACUUUAAAAAGAAGUAGGGUAAAUUGAACAGAGCACCAUUUGAGGUAUUUGAGUAUUCAUUCUUGUAACUUUUUUUCCUAAGGUUUUCCAAAUGUGCUCCUAGAUUAAAAUGGUAACCUACUCAGAACUGUCUUCACCAUCUAAAGAGUAGCAAUCCUGUAUAUUUUUUCUUUCCCCCAGCUCCUACUGAGCUGCACACACAACUACAGUAUCACACUAGGAUCUCUCCAGAAUUUGUGGGUAUGUGCCAUUUAAAGUAGCCUAGUUUUCCACUUCAAGUGGUAUAUUUUGAAUAACCAGUAAAAGUGUUUCAACCAUUGUACUUUCUACACAAUUGUAUAAAGGUUUGGUAUAUUUGGACAUAGCACAAACAAGUGGAGCUGCUCUUGUUUCUUAUGCAGAAAUCAAACCUUAUUUCAAUAAAUUCUGGAUAGAAUGAAUUCACUGAGAAGAACUGGUUCUCUGUCAACACCGAGAAUGCCAUCUUUUUUUCCUCUAGUAUUUGCUGUGAUGCAAUCACUUUUGGGGCAGCACUGUCCUACUUUUAUUUUGGCUGUAGCUUUAAGUAGAGGUUGCUUAUGGAGAGUUUUACAAGAUCCUCUUGUGUUCAUUUUCCCUCGCUGCCACUUGAGAAGUUUUGUUGUUUUUUUACUGUACAUAAGAUAACAUGCCAUUAGAAGUUUCUUCUCGGCUGAUGUUUCUGUUGAAAACAAUUGUACAUAUAGCCAAUCUUUCUAUUUAUUCUGAGAGAACUAGAAGGUCCUGUUCGUUUUUAUAAGUCCAAAUACUCCUAACUUUGUUAAAAGUUAGUAUCAUUGCAUAAAGAGUUCCAUCUGAGCAAAAUGCAGUGAUGUGAGAAUAUCGAAUUGUGAGAAUAAAAUCAACAAAGUUGUCUCCCUCCCCCUUAAGCUUCUAUACUUAUAUGUAGGAAUGUUUACAUCAGUCCUUUUAUAAAUAUUGAGCAGACAGUGGUACCAAGGCCUAAAUUCAACAAUUGACCUAAUAAGAAUACAAUUUAGAAGGCACCCAUUGAAUUAAUGGUAACUUGGUAGUGCAAAACUACGUAAAUUCCAUUAUUGCAAAGGAUGUGCUCUAGUUGAGCAUAACCAUUGAAUUCUGGACUAAAUCACAUCUGUUAAUUGGUCAAAGUACAUAACUGCCGAGACUCUGAAACAAAGUAGAGCAAUAGGAAAGUUGGGUGUGAUCUUGUUAAUGCAGGAGUCUGUUCUGCCAUAUAUAUGAGCGAUCUUUAAUAUCAAUUUAUUUGCAACACAGGUAGAAAGACGUUGUAAUUUGUAUCUGUGCAAUAUGGAACACUAAAUUUUUCACAUCCUAUUUAUGCAGUGAUGUGGUUUAUCUUGCAGUCAUGUAAAUCACCUUCAGAUGCCAAAGGGAAAUGUGGUUUGUUUGUUUGUUUACUUAACUUGAUAUUUAUUUUUUUUCAAAAACAAGCUGCUGCUGCUGCUCAACCAAGUUUUUGUUAAAUAAUCGCCAGGACCAACAUAACUGGCAAUCUGCAAUUUGUGUUUGUAUCUUUUUAAAAAAAUCUAUAUUUUGUGAGUUUUCAUCUACAGCAUUGUUUACCCUGGUGGUAAUAGUGUAAAUGGCUGCUAGACUACAUUUUCCUUGUUCUUUGCAACUUAUCAAAGGAAAGAGCUUAAAAGUAACUAGAUGGAAAAACAAAGGCGUUUUUUCCCAUCUAGAUGACCUUUCUAGCAAAGCUUUCAAUGAUUGUGUCAAAUUAUGCUAGUGAGGCUUUGAACACAGGAGAAAAGGCUUAGGCUAAACAUGGUGUUUCAUUUUUCCUUGGCUACUUGCUCAGUACAGAACUUCUUUAUCGUGUGUAUGUGUGUAUGUAAAAUGAAUUCACAUAUGACUACAGGUGGUAGGUUUUCCUUCUAUGGUUAUAGUGUAAAGACAGUGAGUGGGUCUGCCAUUGCACCAGAGAGAGUGGAGUAAGGAAGUGCAAAUGUGAGUAAGAAUUGUUAACUAAGGUUGCAAGUGACUGGUAUUGGAUAUGUGUGUAACAGUGGACAGAUAAUGGAGCUGAGCAGGUUUAAAAUCCUGCCAGGAUCAAUCCAAUUGCAGAUGAGCUUUACCCUGUCAAUGAGAACUACUCACUGGAUCUUAAUUUGCUUCUUUGCUCUUCUUUAGCAUUAUGGACGAUCCCCCUUCUAGUUGGGGCCUGUACAUUCAUGGUGGAGGAUCUGCUGCACAGUUCACAUAUUCUGUGUUCCAUGUAAUUGGUUCUGUAAUAUCUGUCAGUUUUAAAGCUGAUCCUGCACUGAACAGAGACUGGACUAGAUGACUUUCAUAGUUGUUGGCAGUUUGUGAUUAUGCAAGAUGCUUGUUUCUGGAAACUGAAAAUAGCCAGUAUAUAUUAAAUAAAUCAACAUGGCUGAAUUUGGUUUGUGUCAAUGGAUACUGAAAAAUAACCCCAGUCUGAUCCUAACACAGAGACAAGCCGGAAGGAAUGCCCUGCCCAUUGUCAGAGGCUUCAGCAAACUCAUUAAGUGCCAAAAACAAACUGUGUUUCCAAAACCUCGGAUGGACCACCACAUUUGUGUUUUGUUCACUUGUCAAGCUGCCAUUUAACCUCUUGAGAAAAUAAGUAGUGACACAUUUUACAUUCCACCUGACCUGUGCUAUAGAAAUCCAAGGCUAUUCAGCGGCAUAUAAUCUCAACUUAAAUUAAUGAACAUUUUUGAGCAGUAAAUUAUUUGUAUACAUUUUUUGUUUUGGAGUAUUUGAAAAUACCUAAUGUAUGAAACCUCAACCGUUUGUCUGGAAACAGAAACUUGAGUAAUUGAAAGCAACAUUUUGUCUGGGAGUAAACUAUGCAAACCCAAGUAUAUCGUACAGAAAAGAUGUCGCAGGAUGUGUACCUUGUCUUUGGGGAGUGAAAAGACAACACUGAGCAAUUUGUUUUCUUGUAUUUUAUCAUUUAAAGGGGGGGGGGGGCAUGGAACUGGAUAAAGCGCAUAUUUAUUAAGCUGUUUUUGCCAGGCACUGGCUUUUGCAUUCACUCUGUCUGGAAGGUGACUACCCACAGAGGAAAAGGGAUUGCAUUUAUUGGCUCUGUUAAUCAUUAAAUCUUUGCCAAAAUUCAGUUUUAACCAAAUACACAAUAAUUGUGGAGCCCAUGGUGUGAUGGAAGUGUGCUGUGUGUGUGUUUGUAUCUGCGAAAGUUCCAGUGAAGGAAGAGGGCACGAAAGUAUCAAAAAGUACCCAAAGCUGCCCAAACAACCUGCAUUUAGCAAAUGUUUUCUCUGUGCCAUGGAAGAUUUCGACUGCCAUUGCAGUUGGGCAUUGAGUCAGAGGCAUUAGUUCAUUCACGCACUCAGCUUCAGUAUAAGCCAGGUCCAUACUGAAAGUAGAUUGUUGCUCUUAGUGGAAUUGUGUGAUGGUUGUCUGAUAUUAAAAGAAAGAGCCAGAAGUGAAAAAAAACCCACCUUACUCAACUGGCCCAUAUCUUCUAUUUUAUGCUUUAUGUUCAAGUGCCCUUACCUGCUCCCUUAUCUCUUGUUUUAUUCUAAUCUGCUCUAAAUCCAUUUCUACAGGGCAAACAUUGCGAUCGACAUAUCUGCUAUACUGUAAUGCUUCUUUAUGGUUAGCCAUCUCUAUUGCCAUGGAAAGGAGAGGGCAGGGAAUCUACCCAAUAGUUUGAAAUGUAGCCAUUCGAAAUCAUGCCAACAGGAUCAAAAGUACUGUAAAGAGCAUAUCAUAAAAAUUGCAACAAUGGUCCUCUGCACAGCGCAUCUUCUCAGAAAAAGUACUGUUGGAGAUCCUUGCUGACGUGUUGUUUUCCCUCCCCAUUUGUGUUGGUUUUUGUUUUUUCUUGACCAAGACAACAAAAAGGUACUUGUAGGAAGCUCUUCAAAGAGCACUUCACUUUACUGUAAGAAAAAAAAUAUAUUAAUGGGCUGGAAUGCAACAUUGGUGUUUUGUCUCAAGAAUAAAAACACAACACUUUUGUACACAAUUUUUAAAAAAUAAAUACACAUUUUAAAAA